AUGCCAGAAAUCGACUUCUGGAGGCUCGUUCCCGGGGAAAGAAUGGAAAAUCGAUCUCAGCCUCGUCGAGGCCUGUGGGGAUACAUGGUUAUUCUCGCUCGAAUAUUCGGCCACAUUCAAAUUCUGCACCAGAAGUUGGCAGAAGAGGCUCUAGACCAACACGAGGCCGAGGCGACCACGACUGAGCUGGCACAAGAAUUUGACCACUUUCUUCGAGAGCUGCCAGCCAGUCUCCACUUCAACACCAGGAAUCUAACACAACAUACGGAGCUUGGUCUAGCGCAGGCAUUCGUGGCUCUUCACCUAGGUUAUCAUCAUUAUUCAACUCUUCUUUACUUUCCAUAUCUUGACAUGAAACUUGCUGAGACACCCAGCCGAGCCGUCUUCGUUGCUCGUUGCAAGUAUCAUGCCACGUGUUUCAGCGACUUAUUAAAGAUUUCACAUGAAACGCCAGAAUGUGAAGCAGUCUACCUGAUUGUAGCACAUAUGACUGUGGUUUCAUCUUCAGUCUUGCUUCAUACACUUCUGCUUGGCAGUCAACAUGAACUUCUCGAUGCGCGAACACGACUCUGUUUCAACUUUGAGAUACUUCUCAAACUGAAGGGAUAUUGGCAGGGAGUAGACCUUAUGGUGUGA